CGCUCAGAAAACAAGCCAUGUCGCCGAGAACUCUCUCUCUCUCCAUUGUCUAUCACUAACGUACGUGUACAUACGGUUUCUAGUCUUCGUUUCCAUAUUGAUUUUGUGAGGAAGAAUGCUUCUCCGGAGCUCGUCGACGCCGGUGCUGGAUUCGUGGCUUCAGCCUUCAGCAUCGCCGGAGCACGAAGGGGCGCUCCUGAUUCCCAAGGCCCGAUCGUCCGUCGUCUCAUUGGUGUCGUUGCGGCUAAACCUGCUGCCCCAUAACGAGGACCCGGCGAAGAAGAACAUGACCCGAGCGCUUUCAGAGAGCGAUCUGCGGGACCUUUCAGUCUCCAAACGAAGGCCUUCAAUCGGGUUUUCGGCGAUCGCGGUGGAAGAAGAAGAGGAGGAGGGUGGAGAAACGGGUUCAGCAUCCGGUUCAGAGUACUCUGGUCGGAUCUUGUCUCUGGGUUCUAGGUUACCGCUUGCCGCGGUGGAGGAGAGAGAGGUCGGAUCUGGAAGCCUGGGCCGGGUAUUGGAGUCGCGGCUGGAUGCGGUAGCCGUGGAAGAGGGAUGUGCUUUUGUGGCGGGCGGUGGAAACGGCGCCGGCGGGUGUUGGAUCGGUGGGGGCGCGGGCGGCGGUAAUGGCGGCGAUGGGGAUUCCGAUCGUGGAAGUGAUAAUACGGACUUGUUCUAUCAGAAAAUGAUCGAGGCAAACCCUGGAAACGCUCUCCUUAUUGGCAAUUAUGCCAGGUUCUUGAAAGAGGUACGAGGAGACUAUGUAAAAGCAGAGGAGUAUUGCGGGAGAGCAAUUCUGGCAAACCCAAGUGACGGAAAUGUACUGUCACUCUAUGCUGAUUUGAUAUGGCAGACCCAUAAGGAUGCCUCUCGGGCCGAGAGCUACUUUGAUCAGGCAGUAAAAGCCUCCCCUGAUGACUGUUAUGUUUUGGCUUCCUAUGCCCGGUUCCUGUGGGAUGCGGAGGAGGAUGAAGAAGGAGGAGGUGAUGAAGAUGAUGUUGUUGAAAGGGAAGAAACUAAUGUCAACUUGUCACGACCAAGUUUGUUUCAUGCGGCCCAUCCUCCACCCCCACCCAUAGCUGCUGCUUCUUAGAGUCUCUCCUUUUGCCUUGAUCUCUCUUGUAUAAUAGCUAAUAACCCCUUUUUUGACCAGUUUUCUUUCUCUGCCUUCGGUUCUCUCUUGCUCUCUUUCAACCUUUGUGGUAAUUCUAUACUAGAAUAGCUAUGCUUUAUCCUUUCUCACUUUUUGCAGUUGAGUUGUACGAGAGAGCGUAAAUAGUAAUAAUAAUAAUAGUUUUUUCACGCAUCA